GCUGCGCGGGGUUUUUUGAAUUUCUUCCCUGGACGUUUCCUAGCAGUCAACGCGGCUGUUUAAUGGCGGAGAUGGACCUCUCAGCGCGAGCGCAGACUUUUGAAGCUUAUAUAGAGAAUUAUAAAGGCGAUGACCCACUGGAUCCUUGGUAUAGGUACUUUCAGUGGGUCGAAGGACUGUCAGAGGCAGAAGGAAGACAAAACUACCUGCCAAGUUUACUGGAGAAACUUGUGAAAACAUUUUUUAAUGAGAAUAGGUACCACCAUGACGCCAGAUUCAUCAACUGCUGUGUGAGAUUUGCCAACUGUAUUGACGAGCCAAGUCCGUAUUUUGACUAUAUUUACAGCCAAGGAAUUGGCAGCAAAUCCUCUGCUUUUUACAUUGCUUGGGCUGAGCAACUCGGCAUGCAAGGAAAUUUGUCUCAUGCAAGCACUGUUAUUCAGAAGGGGAUUCAGAAUGGAGCACAGCCAGCUGAGAAACUGCAGCAGCAAUACAGGCUUUUGCAGAGUCACUUGACCCAGAGCCAAAUUCCAAGCCAAGUUGGUGCCUUGCAGCCACUUAACCGUGAGCUGUCUAAUCGGAUGCCUUCUGAAUCUGAUCCAACCAGCAUCUGCCAGAAUAAGAAACCAUCUGAAUCAGAACCAGAGCCCAUCACUUGCAAGGGACAGGAAAACAGUUACCAACCUAAAUAUGUAACCACAAUUUCAAAAUCAGAAGUGGUACCAACACCUUCAUCCAGCACCCCCCUUGAACAGAAGCCCAUGUAUGCCAAGGACCUUCUGUAUUGCGAAGGCUCUGAACUGUGCUUUGAAGAAGUGAGAGCCAAAGCGCAUUUCAGAAGGGAAGAACGCUUGAAAAGGCAGAAGGAAUGGGAGGAUGAAGAGAAAGAGUUUUUGAAAAAGAAAGAAAAGGAACUCCUUGAGCUGCAAGAGUUACAGCUGAAAUUGAAUCAGCUCUCCCAGCAAAAAUCUUCAUCCCAGCAAACAGCGCCAGUGCCAUCUGUUCACCAGUCUUUUCUAAGCACUAAAGUGAAUAAGGAUGGCCCGUCCUCACAAAUCAGUGCACGUCAAUAUUGUCCAGACUGGGCAGCACCUUCCUCAGGAAGAUAUCCAGAGAAUCCUUUGAAUUUUGGGAAGGAGCACCAACGUAUAGCAGGAGAUGCAUCCAUUUUGCAGCCAAGUGAAAAUAGCCAUCGACAAUCAGUCUUCCAUAACAUAACAGAAGAAGGUGCUUCAGCUCUGAACCCUGCUGAAAACUGCCAACAGCGAUCAGGUUUCGGUGGGAUGUUGGAAGGAGCUUUUACUGGUCUCCAGUUGAAUGCAGAAAAACUCCCACAACAGUCGUUUUUUGAUGAGGCGUCGGCAGGAUAUCACUCAGUUCUGCAUCCUCACAAAAAUCUUCUGCACCAAUCCAUACUGGCUGCAACAUCGACCUCACAAGCCAAAGUUCAGCUUGGUCUUGAAGAUUGUGAGAACAGUUUCCAUAGACUCCAAGUCAGCUGUGACAGUUCGGUCCUGCCACCACAGAAAUGUGCUGUCGUCUCCCACAGUUUUCACAACAGCGAAGAGUACUUGAACAAUUCUCAUCAGAAGCUGCAGCAUUCCAUGGAAAUUAGAGCUUCAGGUAGUAGAGACUCUUCUGCAUUGUUUGAAAAUCGUCAGGCAACUCCAAACACAUCAAACUUGACACUGUCUAAAGUACUGCCAUCUCCAACUCUUCAUACAAAAGAAGCUCUGGGUUUCAUAAUGAAUGUGUUCCACGCACCUUCGAUAAGAGACAUCACUAUGCUUUCAGAAGAGGAAGAGCAAUUUGAGGCCUACUGUAGAAAUAAAGGACCAUGUGAGGCCCCCAAUGUCAAUAAAUCUACUGUGCCUGAUCCACCUGCUUUUACUAUUUUUGAAGAUGAUAAUGCCGGAGUCCCACAACCAUGUCCAAAGUCAACAGAAGCCAGAGUUUUGGGUGAACGUCCCAUAGUAGACUGUGCAGCCAAACCAGCAGAGGUAACUCAGCUACCUGAGGGCAUGACAGGUGACUUCACUGUGUGGGCAAAUCACUGCAAUAAAACCCUGGCUCCCAGUCCAAACAGCUCCAAGGAUUUUGCUCGUGCUGCUCAUCUUGCCUCAACACCAUUCAGUGGCUUUUCAGGACAUAUAGGCAAAGCGACUCAGGGAAGAGUAAUUGAAAACCCUUGGGAUGUGAGCUUAACCUGCCAGCUCCUAUCUUCAUUGCGCAAACCCAUAAAUGCCUAUUCCAAUACCUUUGAAUGGAGAUCGAAUGUUCCAGUUCUCAGACCGAAGACUGAAGUGAGAUUGGGUUCCAUGUCCUUCCAUGUUGAUUAUUUACUCGGGGAAGGAGCUUUUGCUCAAGUCUAUCAAGCUUCUGUUCUCGAUAUGGAUAACACAAAAAAUAAUCGUAAAGUAAUACUGAAGGUGCAGAAGCCUGCAAGUCCCUGGGAAUUCUACAUAGCUGCUCAGCUGACGGAGAGGCUGAAGCCAAGCCUGCGUCACCUGUUCAUCCACUUCUAUUCUGGUCAUUUCUUCCAUAAUGGAAGCAUUUUAGUUGGGGAACUUUACAGUUAUGGGACUUUGCUGAACACCAUAAACAUAUACAGAAGACUGACAGAGAGGGUGAUGCCCCAAGCACUCGUCGUCUACUUCACCAUCAAAAUCCUCCACAUGGUCGAAGAGCUUCACAAAUGUGGGAUAAUUCAUGGGGACAUUAAACCUGACAACUUUAUUUUUGGUGAAAGGUUUUUGGACAACGACACAUGUGACCUCGAUGGCACGUCUCAUGGCUUGGCAAUUAUUGACUUUGGCCAAAGCAUAGACAUGACCCUUUUCCCUGAUGGGACAGUGUUCACUGGAAAGUGUGAAACAUCUGGAUUUCAGUGUAUUGAAAUGAUGACUCACAAGCCAUGGAAUUACCAGACAGACUAUUUUGGCAUUGCGGCGACAGUGUACUGCAUGCUCUUUGGCACUUAUAUGAAAGUGAGAAAUGAGCAAGGGAUCUGGAAGCCUGAUGGUGUCUUCAGGAGGAUCCCCAACGCGGAUGUUUGGACUGACCUCUUCUUCACUUUGUUGAACAUCCAGGAUUGCAACCACUUGCCCCGCCUGGGAGACUUGCGGGCAAAACUAAGAGACUUAUUUCUGACAACAUAUGCCAACAAAAUAAUUGCUCUCCGGAAUAGACUUGCAGUGUUGCUUGUUGAAAAUAAGCGUUCAAGAAAGUAAAUCUUAAGACUCCUUGAAUGGCUUUGAUAAGGAUGCCGACAGUAAUUACUUGAUGGUCUAAUCUUGUCCAAGGGGUUAGACUCUUACCUUCUUUUAUAAAACCCUUGUAUAAAUUGG